AGACUCUUGAAGAUUUUCAUCUUUUCACUUCCUUUUCAUAGUAUUGAUAUUGAAGAUCCCCUACCAGCUAGUAUUUUUCUCGAAUCCAAAUCCAGUAUUUUCGAGCGCCUCCUGCAUUAUUUUCUAGCGUAGUCGUAGUUGUACAACCGGUACAAAUAAUCUGUAUUUGGUCCAGUUCAAUUGGGGACGACAAUGAGUGAAUAAAUAUGGGAGACGAACAGAGCAAAGGUGAGAAGCCACCACAAGAAGAACCACAAGGUACUUAGCUUAUAGAUCUCCUUAUAAUUCUAGUUAAGUCGUAGGACAAUUCCGAACCGACUAACAUCAUCAUCAUAAUUCUAGUUAAUCUACGUCUAGGCCAUCUAAUAAAAUAUUCACUUUCAUUGAUUUGCUUCAGAAUAUGAAGAAGAGUGAUUGCCUAAGUCCCUAUCAAAAACAAAGCACAUGACUAUGCUUCCCCUUCAACAUUCAAGCAACAUCACUCUGCUAGACUACAUUUCGAUUAUCGAAGGAGUUGACGUAUUUAUUCAAAUACGAUGAAAAAACCGUUUAUAACGUCUCUUCAGUGGAUGGACGUAAGCAUCAUGAGCAUAAAAACCCACACUGUACUAUGAUCAUUUCCCACAUUUAAAGUUUCGACACGUCUAGUGCAGAUUCGGUAACCUAUCCUAAAUCCUAUCCUAAAUCCUAUCCUAAAUCCUAUCCUAAAUCCUAUCCUAAAUCCUAUCCUAAAUCCUAUCCUAAAUCCUAUCCUAAAUCCUAUCCUAAAUCCUAUCCUAAAACAGGAAAAGGCCCCUUACCAGGAGCAGGCGAUAAGCAGCCAUCCUCACCUUUUGUAGUUCCACCGGUUGUAUUCCAAGAAGAAGAAAAAGCAGCGCCAAGUGACGACGACCCCAGUGCUGAACCUCCUGAACUGAUAGAUGAGGCAGGAGACCUCCCACAUCGUCCUGCAACUACAACUGUUGAACCUCCUGCUGCAACUAGUCUCCAAGAUCCAGGUCAGCCUCGUCUAGACGCCGAAAAGAUGAGAUCCUCUUCCUCGAGUGGGAGUUCGAAGUCUUCGGAUUCGUCCAGGGUGUCGAAGAGAUCGUCGAAGGGCUCAUCCUUGGGAGGAGGCGUCACCGUCACGGACCGUCCCCAAGGCUCUAGCUUUCGCGCACCUAGCGUCAGAAAAACCCAGCAAGAAGGCGAAGAGGGAUUUUUCGGGAGCAUGGCAAAGGGUGACUCGGAUCAAGAUGCUGCACCUAGGAAGAGCGCAGUCGCUCCUGGUGGAGCGCAAAGUUUGGUGCAAAAAGCUCAUGCUUUGCUGAAUAUCUCCAAUUUGCAACAACGAGGAAUCGGAUUGAACGAUGCUGCCGCGAGAGCACAACAGUCAACCGCGAACUUGGAUCCCACGAAGCGGGCAGAAGAUUUGCCGCCGGGUCCACAAUUUAUGGCUACAUCAAGAAAUCCAUCUUCACAGCAGGCAUCCUGAGACGGUCUCAGAAAUCAAGGUAAAAAUAAAGGUGUCAGGAUGCAACAUUUCAUCAGAAGAUAGUUGUACUUGUAGUUCUAAACAAGACAAGAAAGACGCGGAUGGAAAAUGGCAACUGGAUACUUCGCACCCCAAGGUCGCCACGAAGGCUCUGGUGGAUGACUUAAAGUUAAGGUGGGAGGUUUUUCGAAGGGGUUACCUCAGAAUAAGCAAGUAAUAAAUUCGAGGAUAAUACUAUGUAUUAGUAUUCUACGUCUACUAGACUUUUUUUUUUUGACUAGGAUCGAUGUAGUUAAAGUUAAUUAUCUCGAUUUCUUGUUCUAGAUUGAUAGAAUAUAUAAGAAGUCGUGUAGUUACCACAUCAUAAUCGCAUUCCUUACUUCUACUUUGUCGUUUUGGACAAUACUAGGAAAGAAGUCAAGUACAACCAUGGCCUCCUGAAGAAUGUAAGAACUACAAGUGCGCAACGUCUAACAAAGCGCCGUGAGGAAAAAAUGCUUUCUGGAGACAUUCUGAAGCCGGAUGAAGAAUCGCCCUUUUCCGCCAGAGGCUUAGUCAAUGAGCGUGGCAGUUUGACGUUGGAUUCUGCUCCGAAGAAAUUGGGGAAUGAUUUGAUCCUUAAAUUCAACAGAUCUUUGUCGGAUUUACUAGGUGGAGCAAAUAAUGCCAACAGCGCAGCAGCUGCACCAAGAACCGAUAUCAAAAUACCGAAAAACCCGAAUAGGUUCAAAAACCUUGGUGGAGGUGGGUACAUCGAUAACAACAAGGCAGCGGGUAUGUUCCCGCCCGGAGCUUCCAAUGAUCCCAACAGAGAACUCCAAAAGAUGCGGAAUAACUUAAAAUCAACUAGGAGUGCAGGAGGAACUAGUAGUGUAGGAGGAGGUAGCAAUCAGCAUCAGGCUCAACAACAGGAAGAUUACGACUAUGGAGGAGGAGGAGACUUUGGUGGAGGCGGACGCGAUGACAUGCCACGGAGUCAGCUCCCGGGAGGAGGUUUUGGCGGUGAUGGACUUGGUGGUGGAGGUGGAGGUUUUGGUGGUGGUGGUGGUGGAGGUGGCUUCAACCAAAAGGGAGGUAAGCAGGAAGGUAAAGCGGGUGGAUUUGCAGGUGGAUGGAAUCCUGGACAGGACUUUCAAAGGGAUUGGCAACAGCAACAAGGCAAAGAUCCUGUUGGUGUUCCCGUGCCAGGAGGAAAGAUGAUGGGCAAAAUGGGAAUGGAUGGAAAGGGAGGAAAACAUAUGAUGUUGAUGGGGAAAGGGAAAGCUGGAGGUGGAGCAAACGUGACAGGUGGAACAAAGGCGGGCUCCUCUCCAAAGGGUGGAAAGGCUUCUAUUUUCGACUGGAGCUAUGACGCGAAAUCCAGACCAAAGGGUCCGCCGACGCAAAUCAUGCCUGACAAGUACGAGUUCUUUGCGGCGUCGCCAGCUUUUAACGCUCUGGAGGCCGAGCAGGAGGAUGCUGAUUUUGAUGGGACUUUGGCGCCCCCCUUGCCCUUCGGUAGUAGAAAUAGUGACACGAUGGUCUUUCCUGGGGAAGAACCUGUUGGCACUCCUAGAAGAGGUAGUGGAGGCAGUGCUAGAAGAUCCAGUGGAGGUGGAAGUCUAGGCAGUGCUAGAAGAUCCAGUGGAGGUGGAAGCCCAAUGAUUAAGGCAAGAGUCGUGAUAAUUUUGUUAAAACUUUAGCUCUAUAAUUAGUAUUUGAUCAUGAUUUUGAAUUUGAAUUUGAAGGCACAUGUACAGUCUGUUUACCGCGCGCAGCACGUCAUGAUUCAGAACAUCUUUAUCUUUUUUGGUGCUCCUGACUUGGGGGCGGGACAUCAGGCAGCACGUGUUCCUGGCUGUGAGGGGGUGCCAGGCAACACCAGUCAAUUAAUGUGGGGGAAUCAGUAGAGAUGAUCGUGACCAGACGAGAUGUUAUCAUCUUCGGUAAUUAUAUAUAGAGAUUGUUCUUCUUGUAUUGACAACUUCUUCUAAUGUAAAUGCAGCCAUGA